AUGAGCAUCAUCGGCAGUCGCUCUGAAGUCCAAGCUCACACUCCAGAGCGCCUUUCAAAGAAAAAAGGACAGAAGAGCGAGGAGGUUUGCCAGUUUGUCUCCCAUGCAUGCUGCCCGGAAUCCGGGGAGGGUGCCCACUGGUAUAUCCACGCCAUUCGAUAUGUCAUGAACCCGCCGGCACCCCCUGCAAUCGUGGCGGACAGCGGGAGAGAGCGGGCCUUCGACAUCCUGAACUUUGUGUUCACCUUGGUUGUCAUCGGCGGCACCGUCUCGAAGAUCUCAGGGACCUUGGCGGAACUGCGUGCUAUGAAUGAGUCGCGUGCCCGGCAAAAGCGCGAGAUCCGGGUAUACCUCAGCCACCAGGAUGCCUCGUUUGAGCUCGUGUCUCGAAUCAUGAGGUUCGUCGACUACAAGCUGGAGAAAAACACCCCAAUCUCCUUCGACAGCUCCCUGAUUUCCAUCACGCUCCAGACCGAGCUCUACGUCAACCAGCGAGGAAAGUUUCUUGAGUCAGUGCCCAUCUUCAGCCUCACCAAGCAGGCCUUUCCUGAGUGCUUCGCAAGUAUUUGCGCUGCGCUGGUGAAGAAUGUGUUUGAGAAGAAGGAGUGCGUCUUCACAGCCGGAGCUGUGGCGACGUCCAUGUACCUCACAGCCACCGGCACAUACAUCCACUCCGAUAGCAAUGGCUCAGAGGAGACCUUCACGGGGGAGCACUGGUUUGAGGAGAUGAGUCUCUAUGCUGAGAGCCUGGUUCAUCACUCCACUUUGACCUCCAAAACCUUCGGCGAAAUCUUCACGCUGGAUGGCAAGGACCUGGUAGACUGUCUGCAGAAUUCCCCGUCCUCAGCAUCCAUGUUCUGUGGAUAUGCGAAGGCGUUCGUGGAAGUGAUGCAGAAGCCGUCAGGGCUUACGAUGCACGCGCAGCAGUUAGUGGCUGCGGAGACUUGCUGCCGCCACACGCAGCAAUACCAGGAGCUACAUCCGGAUCCGCGCACUCGCCUGGACAACAUCCGCAUUGUGCCUGACACUGGGGUAGACCAGGCCAUGACAAUGUCGGAAAUGUCAGUGUCGGAAAGCACCUGCAGCUUCCGCUCAGGGGGGCUUUUGCACCUGCUCAGAGACCUGGACAAAGGCGGCCUGCUGCCAGACGACAUCGUCAUGCAGCUUCAGACGGCCAUUCCGGAACUUCAUCCGGAAGUCGGCACCCAUGCACUGCUGGAGCAGCAUUUCGAGCGGGACAGGGCGGUCUCCUCUUGCAUAAGUCUGCUGGCGCUGGUCUACGACAACUACAACAUCUUCGUGAAGCCGCAGCAGCUGGCUCCCGUGCAAGUCACCACACCCAGCCAGUGGAAGCACCUCCGGGAGCUUGUGGCCUGGGCGAAACCGACGCAAGAACAGCUGCAAGCUGUGCUGGUUCUGCUGGCCAUUCGCGGACUGGGAAAGUCCCCGGUUCUUACGAGCCAGAUCAAGUCCAGCCGCGGGCGACCAGAGCAGGUGGUGCUGCACUUGAUCACGAAGGCGCAGAAUGUGGUGCCAUCGACGAGGGGUCUGAGCGAAAAGGCUCAGAGUUUCAUCGAGAACACCCUUCUGCUCCACGAGGUCUUCAACCUUGCGCAGAUGCUUCAAGGUGAAAAUGUUCCGGCCAACGUGGCAUUGCUGCAGGAGCGCACGCACGAGUUGGGUGAAGAGGCAUUUCAUUUCUACAUCCUCUUCCUGCUGGGCUUCAUGAGUGGGCUGGGAGGAGGCAUCGGCUCGAAGUUCCUGCACGCGCGGCACGCGCAGAACCUCAUCGCCAGCAUGCAGAUGCUACGACAUCUGAUGGGCAGCAGCCCUACCAGCAUCUACUGGGGCUACAUCGCCUGCCGCGCCCGCGCUCUCCGGGCUCCGUUUUCGGCAUCGGAGGACCUUGUCCUGAUGCGCCUUGCCUGCUUGGGAAGGGAGCAAGAUCGCAGCGGCUAUGAGAAUCUGCAGCGUGCCUGGGCGCUACUUGGCAGUCGCGAGCGAGCCACCUUGGUUCAUCACUUGCUGGCCGAUGGCAUCCAGCGUCGGGCAAUUAUCCUGGAAUUCUUGCCAGAUUGCGUGCAGAAGUCCAAGACCAACCAUGCUGUUGGCCUCACGAGACUCUUCGAGGUCAUGGUGGACUUGUUGGACAACCUGUCAACAGUGCUUGGCCAGUCUGCUGAGAAGGUGAUCCUUGUAGACCUGUCCGACCUGGGCGCGAGUUUGUUCGAUCCUCUGGAGGAGGAUGUCCCCGUGUCCAUCAGCUACUUUGUGAUCGAUCUCGUGCCCGGGAAGGUGAUUUUCCACACGGGGGUGGUCAUCGGUUGGCCCACCUGGGCCUCAUUGGUUGCGUGCGUUGUCAUCGAGGUGAAGAGGCGCUCAUUGGUGCUCGGUAUCAACUUCACAGCCAGCUGCUACCUCGUGGGUGAAGGGGACAGCGUCGGCGCGAGGCCGACGCAGGUCGGAAAGAGGUACGUGCCACCGAUAUCCGACAACAGCGCGAAGGUGCUCCUGUUCCUCUGCCAUUCGCUGGCCCUCCACGGCCCUUCACUGUGCGCUCAAUGA